AUGUCAUCCUUGUACAGAGGGACGGAAGCCCUCUCCCCCGGUGGGUCGUCCAGGGAUGCCCACUGCGGGAUGUCGGUCGCAGCUUCCCCACCGCAACAGCAACCUCAUUUCGUGGUGAAUUAUCUCAUGAAAUCUUGCGGAUUUCCUCAGAAUGAUGCCGUCAGGGUCUCCGGUCCUGGUUACCACGAGAACCCCGCUGGGGGAGUCUGCUUCCUUGGUCAGUAUGGAUUGAAGGAUUAUCAUGGGAGGCAUGUGGGCUUGGUGGGAGAUUCCUCUGCCCACUGUGUCGCCCUGGACUCGUCCGAGACGAUGAUCAAAGUCCCCAAGGAGGAGGGCCCAUCUGGGUCUGAUAUCAUGCAGCUGUUCUCCGGCAAGCUGCCUGACGCCCACGAGUCUGGGGUGAGGCCCAAGGUUGAGUUCCUGGGGGCUCUGUUCGGAUCGAAGGACCGUCUUUUGAAGGCGAGCCACAAGAAUCGCCACCUCAUGAUGUCCAACAUUGACGAGAAGAUCAAGCCCAAUGUCUCCCUCCUGCGCGAGUGCCUCACCUCUGAUCACCGGGUCAUGAGGUUUGUCUCGAGACGGCCGAGGUUGAUCACCUCUAACGUCAACAAAAUGAGGGAGGUCAUCCAGAGAGUAGAGAGCUUGGGCAUCUCCAAGGGCUCUGGGAUGUUCGAGAAGGCCCUCUGUGCGGUCUCCGACAUCAGCAGAACCACAUUUGAUUCCAAGUUCAUGCUUAUGAAGAGCUUCGGGUGGUCAGAAGCUGAGUUCCUCUUGGCGUUCAGGAAGAACCCAACUUUCUUGGGUUCUUCUGAGAUGAAGAUCCGAUCUAUAAUGGAGUUUUUGCUGAAGGAAGUCGGCUGCAUGCCCUCCUAUGUUGCCAGUCACCCCAUACUCCUAACGUACAGCCUGGAAGGGAGGUUGAAGCCGCGGCAGUAUGUUCUGAGGUUGCUCAAGUUGAAUGAUAUUAUCGGCGGAAAGGACGACUUCCUCAAUACGGUGAGCAUGACCGAGAAGGCGUUUCUGAAUAGAUAUGUUAUCCGGAAUACUGAAAAGGUCCCGGACCUGCUGGAAGGUUACGUGGCUACUUGUGCUAGGGGAAAAUCGAACUCUGGGUAUUAG